AGCCGGGAGGCUGCAUGGGGGAUCCCCGCGAGAACGCUGGGUGUCUGUCCGCAAACAGCUGCGGCUCCGCUGCUCCCCGACCCCAAAUCCUGGGGCAGUCUAUCUUCCGGAGGCGGCAAAACUUUUAGGGGCGAUUGUGCGUGUGUAAAGGUGUGAAAAUCACAAAUGUCGUCAAGUGAUGGAAGGUCCAGGAUUCGGGACAGGGGCUAUAGUGAGGUUCCAGGGGACAUGCCUGGUCCAGAUGGUACCAUAAGAACCCUCCAGUCCCUGCACAGCAGUGAGCUGGCCGUGAGCGCGGAUCCUCUGCCGCCUCCCCCUCUCCCAUUACAGCCACCAUUUGGCCCGAGCUUCUACUCAAGUGACACAGAGGGACCAGCCAUAGCCCCAGACCUCAAGCCGGUCCGGCGCUUUGUCCCCGACUCCUGGAAGAACUUCUUCAGAGGGAAGAAAAGGGACCCGGAAUGGGAUAAGCCGGUGUCUGAUAUCAGAUACAUCUCCGAUGGUGUGGAGUGUUCGCCUCCGGCCUCUCCAGCGAGACCAAACCACCUCCCACCCAGCUCUUCUUACAAAGACCCCUCCGGAGGGUCAGAAGGCACCUUUAACUCCCAGCAAGAGGCGGAUGCCAUGUUUGCCCAGGACCCCUGUGCAUCCCUAGACCGGCGCACGCAGACGGCGCGCACCUACAGCGAGAAGGUGGAGGAGUACAACCUGCGGUACGCCUACAUGAAGUCCUGGGCAGGCCUGCUGAGAAUUCUGGGUGUGGCAGAGCUGCUUCUGGGGGCUGGCGUCUUCGCCUGUGUCACAGCUUACAUCCACAAGGACAACGAGUGGUACAACCUGUUUGGGUAUUCACAGCCCUACGGCGCCGGAGGUCUCGGCACCCUGGGGAGCACAUAUGGGGGUUAUUACUACAGCGGCCCCAAGACCCCUUUUGUACUCGUGGUGGCCGGAUUGGCUUGGGUCGCCACUAUUAUUAUUCUGGUGCUUGGCAUGUCCAUGUAUUACCGCACCAUUCUUUUGGACUCCAACUGGUGGCCCCUGACGGAGUUUGGAGUUAACGUUGCCCUGUUUAUCCUGUACAUGGCUGCAGCCAUCGUCUAUGUGAACGAUACCAACCGAGGCGGACUCUGCUACUAUCCAUUAUUUAACACGCCCAUGAAUGCGGUGUUCUGCCGGGUAGAAGGAGGUCAGAUAGCUGCGAUGAUCUUUCUGUUUGUCACCAUGAUAGUUUACCUCAUCAGCGCCCUGAUCUGUCUGAAGCUGUGGAGGCAUGAGGCAGCGCGGAGACACAGGGAGUACGUGGAGCACAUGGAGCAGCAGCAGGAGGUAAAUGACCCAUCGUUGUCAUCAAAAAGGAGAAUGUGUGAAGUGGCCACCAAUGACAGACAGAGAGACCAAGAAGCUAAUUUCAAAGAGUUGAGGACAACGAAAAUGACCCCUGAACUCCUGAGUGGACACAUCCCUCCGGGCUACAUUCCCAAGCCCAUCGUGAUGCCCGACUAUGUGGCAAAAUAUCCUGUGAUUCGGACGGAUGACGAUCGAGAACGCUAUAAAGCUGUGUUCCAGGACCAGUUCUCCGAGUACAAAGAGCUGUCCUCGGAAGUGCAGGCCAUCCUGAGGAAGUUCGAUGAGCUGGACGCGGUGAUGAGCAGGCUGCCACGUCAUUCUGAAAACCACCAGGAACACGAGAGAAUUUCAAGAAUCCAUGAAGAGUUUAGGAAAAAAAAGAACGAUCCUUCCUUUCUGGAAAAGAAGGAGCGUUGUGAUUACCUCAAGAACAAACUUUCUCACAUAAAGCAGAGAAUCCAAGAAUAUGAUAAAGUAAUGAACUGGGAUACGCAAGGUUAUUCUUAGACCGCUUGGGACUGUUUUGAUAGCCAACUAUUUAUUCACUGCCUUUCUGUGCUGGUCUCAUGGAUGAGAAGCAGGCCCCUCCAGGUCAUCUUCUGCUUGGUUUCCCGUCCGAGGUUGAACGGUGUGAUUUUAAACAUUUCAAACCCACUGAGAGAGAACCUUCACUGAAACUGGAGAGACCGUGUGCAUGUUCGCCCAUGUACACAUCCAUGUUUUUCUCAUUCAAAUGUGUUGUCAUUUUAGAUAUCCUGUCACUCACUGUCCUGAGUUCGGAUGUUGCUUUUUCCUCCAUUCAGGCUGCUUCCUUCAAUUUCUCUAGGAAUUUCUCUUCCUAAGGAAAGUUCUUAGGAGAUUCUUCCUAGGGAUGUCCCGCCCUUCACACGGACUGGAAGCCAAGAUCAGUUGUCACACCCUUUGUGAUCUUGGGCAAGCUGAUUCAUCCUCUGUGCCUGUUUCUUCUGUAAAGUGAAACUAAAAUGGUACCUACCUCAGAGGGCGGUUAGGAGGAGUGCGCGUGCAUCCAGAACAGAGCCUGCCACUAUACAGCGCCACGUUCACGCAGGGAGUACUGUGGACAUGUUGGUGAAGUGGAUGAGCUACACAGGAUUAGUCUCAAGACACAGUCCGCAGUCAGCCGCUAACCGGAGGCCACGUGUCCUGUAGGUUUUGUCUUGUGCUUGUCACCUUGACCACACGAAGCCUUAAGCGGAUGUUUUGCUAUUGUUUGUGACCUCUUCUGGGCCCUCACUGCCUCCCUAUGUGUAACCAGGGUGAUAUGCAUGUGUCCCCAAGCCCCAUGGCCCAGGCUGUCCUGUGCACAUGCAUAUGACACCUUUCUGUCUACUUGGAUUCCCUCUCUGACUCAUUAGUACACUUCAUCUUACCAAGAAUCGCCCUAACUGAAAUGUUAUUCAAAUUUAAUAUGAAAAAAAUACAUAAGAAAAUUUUUUUAAAGGACAUUGUUGGCAGGCAGGGGAUGUAUCUCAGUGGUUGAGGAUUUUCCUGGCAGGUAUAGAUGAAACCCUGAUCCCUAGCAACAUCAAAAAUUAUUAAAAAAAAAAAAAAUUUAAUGCUGGAGAUGUCGCUUGGUUGAUAGAGCACCUACCCAGCAUGCGUGGCGAUUAGUCCCAGCAUGGCAUAAACCAUACAUUGUGUUGAAUGCCUGGGAGGUAGAGGCAGGAGGAUCAGGAGUUCAAAGUCAUCCUUUGCUACGUAGUGAGUUCAAGGCCAGCCUGGGCUAUAUGACAUCCUGUCUUAAAAAAAAAAAAAAAAAUUAAAAUGGGGGAGAAAAGCACUGUCUUUGGUUUCUUUCUGUUCAGUGGAGUCCAUCCAGUAAUUUCAUUGUGUGGAAUUAUGGUCUCUCCCUAAUAGAGCUUCCAUUCAGACAAUUCAUAAAUUCAUGUCCAGAGGAUUUUACAAAGUGGAGAAACCAAAGUAACACGUGGAGCAGGCAGCGGCCCAGAAAGUUCCGGCUGCUGAAUGACCAAGCUUGUGUUUGUGUGUCAGUAAAGCUGGCAUUACUACCCCUGCAGAUCCAAGGCCAGCCUGACGGCUACAGUGAGACCUUGUCUCAAAACACAAAACAAAUAAAAAUCCUUAAAAAAGGGGAGGGAGAGGAGCACAAGUACUUUAUAAAUAAAUAAAUAAAAUACGGUGGCGUGUGCACACUAGCCUAGCACUCAGGAACUGAGGCAGGAGGAUGUCAAGUUCAAAGCGAGCCUGGCUACAAAGCAAGAUGCUGUUUUGUUGUUGUUGUUAUUGUUGUUGUUUUUUAAUGUAAGAUAUUGCCAUUUUGUACGUUUAAAGGAAUUUUGGGUUAACAUUAAAAUUAAAUGUUAAGGACAUUUAACCUUGUGAAUCUUUAUUUUACUACAAUUAUAAAUGUUAUAAGACUGAUGCUGUAGAACUGAUUUUUUCUUUGUUAUAUCAAUGCAUAGAUGUAUUAAAAUGUCAGUUUCCUGCU